UAGUCUGUACAGUCGGGAGGGUUUAAUGGCAGAGCAGUUUGCUUUCAAAACUGUUCAAUAUGAUGAAUGAAGAUGCGGCUCAGAAAAGUGAUGGUGGUGAGAAAUACAACGGCAGUAAUCAGAGAAGGAAAAGACCCAAGAAGUCCGACAGCAAUGCAAGCUUUCUCCGAGCUGCCAGAGCUGGCAAUUUGGACAAAGUAGUGGAGUAUCUGAAGAGCGGAAUAGACAUCAACACGUGUAAUCAGAAUGGACUCAAUGCUUUACACCUGGCUGCCAAAGAAGGCCAUGUGGGACUGGUACAGGCGUUACUGGAAAAAGGGUCAUCAGUGAAUUCUGCUACAAAGAAAGGGAAUACAGCCCUGCACAUUGCAUCCUUGGCUGGACAGGCCGAAGUUGUCAAAGUCCUGCUUAAAGAAGGAGCCACUAUCAAUGCACAGUCUCAGAAUGGUUUCACUCCUUUAUACAUGGCAGCGCAAGAGAACCACAUUGAAGUAGUGAAAUAUCUGCUGGAAAAUGGAGCCAACCAGAGCACCGCUACCGAGGAUGGCUUCACUCCACUAGCUGUUGCACUGCAGCAGGGACACAAUCAGGCAGUGGCCAUUCUUCUGGAAAAUGACACCAAGGGGAAAGUGAGGCUGCCAGCUUUACAUAUUGCUGCCAGAAAAGAUGAUACCAAGUCAGCAGCUCUCCUUCUGCAGAAUGACCACAAUGCUGAUGUCCAGUCCAAGAUGAUGGUGAAUAGGACGACUGAGAGUGGCUUCACACCUUUACACAUAGCUGCACACUAUGGAAACGUCAAUGUUGCGACACUUUUGCUCAACAGAGGAGCUGCAGUGGACUUCACAGCCAGGAAUGGAAUCACCCCACUGCAUGUGGCUUCCAAAAGGGGAAACACAAACAUGGUGAAGCUCUUGUUGGAUCGUGGAGGGCAGAUCGAUGCCAAAACCAGGGAUGGACUUACUCCACUCCACUGUGCUGCACGAAGUGGGCACGAUCAAGUUGUAGAGCUUCUUCUGGAACGAGGUGCUCCACUGCUUGCAAGGACAAAGAAUGGACUCUCUCCACUUCACAUGGCUGCCCAGGGUGAUCACGUGGAAUGUGUCAAACACCUACUGCAGCACAAAGCUCCUGUUGAUGAUGUUACACUUGAUUAUCUUACUGCUCUACAUGUUGCUGCACACUGUGGCCAUUACCGUGUCACCAAACUACUCCUGGACAAGAGAGCAAAUCCCAAUGCUCGUGCUCUGAAUGGUUUUACUCCACUGCACAUUGCCUGCAAGAAAAACCGCAUCAAAGUCAUGGAACUCCUGGUGAAAUAUGGGGCUUCAAUCCAGGCAAUAACAGAGUCUGGCCUCACACCAAUACAUGUGGCUGCAUUUAUGGGCCACUUGAACAUAGUCCUCCUUCUACUGCAGAAUGGAGCCUCUCCAGAUGUCACUAACAUUCGUGGGGAAACUGCACUGCACAUGGCUGCACGUGCUGGGCAAGUGGAAGUGGUCCGCUGCCUCCUGAGAAAUGGUGCCCUUGUUGAUGCCCGAGCCAGGGAGGAACAGACUCCACUGCAUAUUGCCUCUCGCUUGGGUAAAACAGAGAUCGUCCAACUGCUGCUACAGCAUAUGGCUCAUCCUGAUGCAGCAACCACAAAUGGAUAUACCCCACUGCACAUUUCUGCUAGAGAGGGGCAAGUUGAUGUAGCCUCAGUUCUCUUGGAGGCAGGUGCCUUACAUUCUUUGGCCACCAAGAAGGGAUUCACACCACUGCAUGUGGCAGCCAAAUAUGGAAGUCUAGAUGUGGCAAAGCUCCUCUUACAGCGUCGUGCUUCUCCUGAUUCAGCUGGGAAGAACGGCCUCACCCCUCUCCACGUUGCUGCUCACUAUGACAACCAGAAGGUGGCGCUGCUGUUGCUGGAGAAAGGUGCCUCUCCCCACGCUACUGCGAAGAAUGGAUACACCCCUCUCCACAUUGCUGCCAAGAAGAAUCAGAUGCAGAUAGCCACUACUCUGUUGAGCUAUGGAGCAGAGACCAACAUUUUGACCAAGCAGGGAGUGACCCCACUUCAUCUGGCUUCUCAAGAGGGCCAUGCUGACAUGGUGACCCUUCUCCUGGAGAAAGGAUCCAAUAUCCAUGUAGCAACAAAGACUGGACUGACAUCUUUACACCUUGCUGCACAGGAGGAUAAAGUGAAUGUAGCUGAUAUACUGACAAAGCAUGGAGCAAACCAGGAUGCUCAGACAAAGCUGGGUUACACUCCUUUAAUUGUAGCUUGUCACUAUGGAAACAUCAAGAUGGUGAAUUUCCUUCUCAAGCAGGGAGCCAAUGUCAACGCUAAAACAAAGAAUGGCUACACUCCUUUGCACCAAGCUGCUCAGCAAGGCCACACUCAUAUCAUCAAUGUUCUUCUCCAGCAUGGGGCCAAACCCAAUGCCAUCACCACAAAUGGUAACACUGCCUUAGCGAUUGCAAGGCGUCUGGGAUACAUCUCAGUGGUCGAUACUCUGAAGGUUGUAACAGAGGAGAUCACCACCACCACGACUACUGUGACUGAGAAACACAAGCUCAAUGUCCCUGAGACAAUGACUGAAGUCCUGGAUGUUUCAGAUGAGGAAGGUGAUGACACAAUGACAGGAGAUGGUGGAGAAUACCUGAGGCCAGAAGACCUAAAAGAACUAGGUGAUGAUUCCUUACCCAGCAGCCAGUUCCUAGAUGGUAUGAACUACUUGAGAUACAGCUUGGAGGGAGGCCGAUCUGACAGCACCAUGCCCAACCUGCGAUCCUUCAGUUCAGACAGGUCCCACACGCUGAGCCAUGCCUCCUACCUGAGGGACAGUGCCAUGAUCGAUGAUACAGUCGUAAUCCCCAGCCAACAGGUAACAAAUCUGGCCAAGGAAGCUGAAAGGAACUCAUACCGCUUAAGUUGGGGCACUGAAAAUUUGGACAAUGUGGCUCUUUCUUCCAGUCCCAUUCAUUCAGGCUGCCUGUCUGGAAAAAAGGAGAUUGGAUCAUUGCUUACAAGCCAUUCUUCUCCAUGUCUUGAUCAUGACAACAGCAGCUUCCUGGUUAGUUUCAUGGUGGAUGCCCGUGGUGGUGCCAUGCGAGGUUGCAGGCAUAAUGGACUAAGGAUCAUUAUUCCCCCUCGGAAAUGCACUGCCCCAACACGAGUAACCUGCCGGUUGGUCAAACGUCAUAGACUGGCCACCAUGCCUCCAAUGGUGGAAGGAGAAGGUCUGGCCAGCCGCCUUAUUGAAGUUGGACCUUCUGGUGCUCAGUUUCUUGGUAAACUUCAUCUGCCUACGGCUCCUCCCCCACUUAAUGAGGGAGAAAGUUUGGUCAGCCGAAUCCUUCAGCUGGGGCCACCUGGGACCAAAUUCCUUGGGCCUGUGAUUGUGGAGAUUCCCCAUUUUGCGGCUCUGCGUGGAAAAGAGAGAGAGCUGGUGAUUCUGCGCAGUGAGAAUGGGGACAGCUGGAAGGAGCACUUCUGUGAAUAUACUGAGGAUGAACUAAAUGAAAUCCUGAAUGGAAUGGAUGAAGUACUUGACACUCCAGAGGAGCUUGAGAAGAAGCGUAUCUGUCGUAUCAUCACCCGAGAUUUCCCACAGUACUUUGCAGUGGUAUCCCGCAUCAAACAAGACAGCAACCUCAUUGGACCUGAGGGAGGUGUGCUUAGCAGUACUGUUGUACCACAAGUGCAGGCAGUCUUCCCAGAAGGAGCUCUAACCAAGCGGAUUCGCGUUGGCCUCCAGGCCCAACCUAUGCACCAUGAACUCGUAAAAAAGAUUUUAGGCAACAAGGCUACCUUCAGUCCUAUAGUCACCUUGGAGCCCAGAAGAAGGAAAUUCCACAAGCCCAUCACAAUGACUAUUCCUGUCCCCAAAGCUUCCAGUGAUGGGAUGAUGAAUGGUUAUGGGGGUGACACCCCUACUUUAAGAUUACUAUGCAGCAUAACAGGUGGAACCACACCUGCGCAGUGGGAAGAUAUUACAGGAACGACACCAUUAACAUUUGUCAAUGAAUGUGUUUCCUUCACAACAAAUGUUUCUGCCAGGUUUUGGUUGAUAGAUUGUCGGCAGAUACAGGAAUCUGUCACUUUUGCCUCCCAAGUGUACAGAGAGAUUAUUUGUGUGCCGUACAUGGCCAAAUUUGUAGUUUUUGCCAAAUCACAUGAUCCCAUUGAAGCACGAUUGAGGUGCUUUUGCAUGACAGAUGAUAAGGUGGACAAAACCCUGGAACAACAAGAAAAUUUUGCUGAAGUUGCCAGAAGCAGGGAUGUAGAGGUAUUGGAAGGAAAACCUAUCUAUGUUGACUGCUUUGGCAAUCUAGUGCCACUUACAAAGAGUGGGCAACAUCAUAUAUUUAGUUUCUAUGCCUUCAAAGAAAACAGACUUCCACUGUUUGUAAAGGUACGAGAUACAACUCAAGAACCUUGUGGACGACUAUCAUUUAUGAAGGAGCCAAAAUCUACAAGAGGCCUAGUACAUCAAGCCAUCUGCAACCUAAAUAUUACAUUGCCAGUUUACACAAAGGAAUCAGAAUCAGAUCAAGAACAGGAAGAAGAGGCUGAUGUGACAUCAGAAAAAAAUGAUGACGAGACAGAAUCUACAGAAACGUCUAUCCUGAAAAGCCAUCUGGUUAAUGAAGUCCCCGUACUAGCCAGUCCAGACUUGUUGUCUGAAGUUUCUGAGAUGAAACAAGAUUUGAUCAAAAUGACUGCCAUCUUGACAACUGACCCUUCUGAUAAGUCAGGUUCCAUUAAGGUGAAAGAUCUUGGGAAAACCACUGAAGAAGAGCCAGGAGAGCCUUUUGAAAUUGUUGAAAGAGUGAAAGAGGACUUAGAAAAAGUAAAUGAAAUUCUGAGAGGAGGAACCUAUGGAAGAGAAGAACACGUCCCACAGAAGUCCCCUCUUGAAAGAGAGGUAGUGGAGGAGGAAUGGGUUAUUGUCAGCAAUGAAGAAAUUGAAGAGGCCAGACGAAACGUUCCUUUAGAAGUCACCGAGCCUGUCUGUAUAGAGGUCAGAAUUGACAAAGAGACAACAAAGGAAGAAAAGAAAGACAUGACAGGCAUGGUAGACUAUCUUACUGAUGACUUAAAAACGUUUGUGUCUCUUCAUGAGGUGCAACCACAGACAUUACAAGAAGAUUUAACAGAAGAGCGAUUUGAAGCUGUAGUUUUAAGCAGGGGAUCUGAAAAGGAAGAACAGGACUAUCCAACAGCUGAAACUCAAGGUGCACAGGAGCAACAUAAACCAGCCUUGGAAAUUAAAAAACCAGUUAGGAGGAAAUUAAAAGAAAAACAAAAGCAAAAGGAAGGAGAUGCACAAAGCACUGAAGAACAAUCUGGACUAACAAAAUUCAGUUCAGAGGAGUCAUUAGAUGAGGAGCCAGGUUUAAUGCCUGCGGCUGUUCCUGAGGUUAGUGCAGUGUCCCCAGUAAUAGAAGAGACUCCUAUUGGCUCAAUAAAAGACAAAGUAAAAGCUCUUCAGAAGCGGGUGGAAGAUGAACAGAAGAUACGUUCAAAACUGCCCGUGAGAAUUCAAACAAAAGGGAGCACUAUGGCUGAGCGGCCUACUAAAAAACCAGUGCAAGCUAAAAAAACGGUGCAUAAAGCACAACCACCUGUUUCCCCCUCUGCUAAAACAGAAAGACUUGAAGAGACUAUGUCAGUCCGUGAGCUGAUGAAAGCCUUCCAGUCAGGGCAGGAUCCAUCCAAGAAUAUAUCUGGGCUGUUUGAGCAUAAGUCUCUCAAAGAAAAGCAGCGUCCCGCUGGCAAAGAACCAACUCAGCGAGAAGCAGUUGGUUUAAAAAGUAAAAUAGCACAGGUCCAUAAAACAGACAGGUCAGAUCGCCAGCCAGCCAAAAAAAGCCAGGCAUCUGCAGGCCUGAAAGAUUCACAGUCCAAAAGAGAGGCUCAGGCCUCUUUGCAUGAUGUUAAAAAGGGAGAACAAGUCAAAGAACAGAGCUGUAAAACAGCUGAGCCUCUCUCUCCAGUAUUUGUUGAAGAAGAAAGUGUCAAAGAUGCAACACUUGUGAAGGAAAAGGCUACUGACGAUCAAGGGGACACUGACUUCCAGAUCAGCCCUGACCGAAAAACGUCGACGGAUUUUUCUGAUGUCAUUAAAGAGGAGCUCGAGGAUAAUGACAAAUAUCAACAGUUUCGACACCUCUCGGUCACUGAGAAGGGAGAGCUUCACUUAGAACAAGUCCUAACCAGUCCUUUUAGCAUUGCUUUCCCAUCAGACCAUGUGAAAGACGGGUUCCUGCCUGCUCUCUCUUUACAGAGUGCUGCUUUCGAUGGCAGCUCAGAAAGCCUCAAGCAUGAAGGUGUAGCGGAUUCUCCCGGUAGCCUGCUUGAGGGAACCCCUCAGAUCAGCUCCGAGGAAAGUUAUAAGCAUGAGGGGCUGGCAGAGACUCCAGAAACAAGCCCAGAAAGUCUCUCUUUCUCACCAAAGAAAACCGAUGAGCAAAUAGGAGAAACUAGGGAAACCACUACAGCCCACAAAACAGCGGAAGAAUGCUCCCCGAAGGAGCUCUCCCCAGCUGAAGAUGACAAAGGUAUUGCUGAAAAACAGCUGGCUGCUGUGACUGAGGCUAUUACGUCUCUUUCUGAUCAGUCAUCAGAGAAACUGGUACCUACAGCCUCUGAGAAAGAGGCAGGCAAGUCUGGAGAUAGUAGCUCCACUUCCUUUAUGAAAGAUGUUAAAAGUGAUCAGGAAGCAGAAACCACUGAACACACACAUUUAACUCAAUCUUUGGAGGGGCAUGAUACCACUGCAGAAAAAGAGGAAGAUGCAACCUCUGAACACCGUGUUGUCGUUAGGAGUCCCCAGAAUUUGGAACUGUCACUUCCUAGCCGUGACAGUGAAAGCUUUAGCCCAGUUGCAGAUGAGUCCUUGGCCAUAAGUCAUAAAGACUCACUAGAAGCAAGCCCUGUGCUGGAAGAUAAUUCAUCGCACAAAACUCCUGAUUCCCUGGAGCCCAGUCCUAUGAAAGAAUCCCCCUGCCGCGAUUCUCUUGAAAGCAGUCCUGUAGAGCCAAGGGAGAAGGCUGGGAUUCUUACAGGACAGGCUCCCGUUCAGCCUGUCCUUGGUAAAGGAGAAACCUGUCCGGAGCUGGCAUCGAUACGUUCCAGAAUUCUUCGUGAGCCUGAAGGAAGCACUGAGGAUGACAGUUUAGAGCAAACAUCCCUCAUGGAGAGCUCAGGGAAAAGUCCUCUUUCACCAGAAACCCCCAGCUCUGAAGAAAUUAGCUAUGAAAUCACACCAAAAACAGCAGACUCCCAGGCACAGUCCAGUAUCUCCACGCCGGUCAUAAUCCCUGAAGUCAGCGAAGAACCCGAGGAUGAUCCAGAAAGUGAACCAAAGAAACGGUUCACACCAGAAGAGGAGAUGUUUAAAAUGGUGACCAAAAUCAAAAUGUUUGAUGAACUAGAACAAGAAGCAAAACAGAAAAGAGAUUACAAAAAAGAUUCCAAGCAAGAUGAAUAUUCUCCAGUCCCUGACUCAGAUGCUGCAUGUGAAGCUGAAGUACUAGAGCCGACAGCUGUGGAAGGAAAGGGUAUACCUGCAGUGUUGACUUCUUCAUUGGAAACUAGGAAGAGUUCUUCGUCUUCAGAAAGUGAACCAGAAUUGACUCAGCUGAAAAAAGAAGCUGAGUCAGGCCUCUUCCUGGAGCCUACAAUUCGAAUGCAACCUCCUUCACCACUUCCAUCCAGUAUAGAUUCCAGUUCCAGCCCUGAAGAAGCUGGAUUUCAACCCAUUGAUCCAAAACAACAUGCUUUUAGGAUGGGGGAGGAUAAAGAAGAAUUGGAUAAGACAACCGACGAAAACAGCUGCAAGGUGACCACAGAAGAAUCAAAUGUUUUGCACCCUGAUGCUGGUAUCAUAGCAGAAACUGCUGAGUCAAUGGGUUAUAGUACAGAAGGAAGUGAGACAAUUAGUCCCAAUGGUCCAGUCACGCAACUUGAUGAUGCUUUUUAUCAUGCUAUAACUGAUGAGACUAAAAAAGAAGUUCAGGUCCCUCAGCCUUCACAGCAGGAUGAUACAACUGAAAAAGAUAAAGACCUUACUGCUACAGGGGCUGUGUCUGAGAAGUCAGGUGAUGACCCUUGUGGACAUACUACUUCUCAGUACUCUAUAUCACAAGGCAGUGAAUUGACUGCAGAUGAUUCCCCUACACACACCGCUUUGGAAAGGGAUUUGGAAAAAGCAGGAAAAGAUUGUGAGGCAUUCCAACAGGAUUUUUAUAGCAAGGAGCUCCCAACUGACUAUUCAUCCCUUACCAAUGAAAAAAAUGAAUUUGAAGGUUGUACAGCAGACGCUCAUGAAGACGGUGCUCCCCAUAUGACAAGUCCUUAUGAGAAUGUUUCUUCUGAACAUUUUUUCACUAGCUCUGAAAGAGAUGCUCAUUCUACUGAAGCAGAAAAAUCAAUGGUUGAGAAAGUAUUAUCUGGAAGUUCCCUUAGUGGACAUGCCCCUGGAUGUGAAGAUCAGUCUUCAGAAGAGGUAUAUAUGGAAAUAGAGUCAAAACACAUGGAUAUUUUUCAGAAAAUGCCUUCAGGGACUUCAGCAUCAGACCCCACAACAUUAGAUCCAUCUGCUCUUCAGAAUAUAAGGGAUGAAGCUGAGAAGCUAAUCAGCCAAGUGGUCAUCACUAAGACCGAUGUAGAUUGUGACAAGUGGAGUGAAAUACGUGAAGAUGACGAAGCCUUUGAGGCCCGGGUGAAAGAGGAGGAACAAAAAAUAUUUGGUUUGAUGGUGGACAGGCAGUCGCAGGGCACAACACCUGAUACUACUCCAGCCAGAACACCCACAGAAGAGGGCACACCAACUAGUGAACAAAACCCUUUUCUCUUCCAGGAAGGAAAGUUGUUUGAAAUGACUCGAAGUGGAGCCAUUGACAUGACCAAAAGGAACUAUGCAGAUGAAAGCUUUCAUUUCUUCCAAGUGGGGCAGCAGCUUCAGGAUGAAGUAUCUUUAUCUGAAGAAAUGAAACAAGCUGCUCAGGUGGAAUCUCCUAAGGUUGAACAAGCCCCAGAUUCAUUUCCACCUUCGGAAUCAAAUGAAACUGACCCAAGAGAAGAAAAUGCAUUGACAGCAGAGUCCCCAGUAUCAGAGCCUAGUGACAAAUCAGAGGAGAUGAUCAGCACAGGCACCACAAAAGCAGACCUUAAAUCCAGAAUUCCAAUUAAAAUGGGUAUUUCAGCUUCUUCAAAAUCACCAAAGAAAGAGACUGCUGCCUCUGAAUCUUCUGAAGAUGAAUGCAUGUCCAGAAUGGAAACAGAUCAGAUUGACAGCAGUCAGGUGCCUUGCCCUAUGUCUCCUGAGCAGUCUGUGGUAGAUGUGCAGUUAGAGUUUUCAACAGUCACUAGAUCUAUUUAUUCUGAACAGGAUGAUGAGUCCCCAGACUCUUCACCAGAAGAACAGAGAUCUGUGAUUGAAAUCCCUACUGCUGUUAUGGAGACAGUGCCUUCUGAAAGCAAAUCCAAAAUUCCUGUACGGGCCACAGCUGCUGCAUCACAACUAUUUCAACAAUCAGAACAAGAGAGCCCUCAUUCUGAUGGUUUUAUAGACAGCCUGCAGCUUGAAACAAAGGAUGAUCAAAGCAAGCCAAAGUCUAAAAUUCCCAUCAAAGCAACUUUCCAAAGAGCUGAGCAACAAUAUGCAUACACUGAAACAUCUGUCUACAAGCCAGAGUCACCCAAAGCUCCUGAGAUGACAGACUACCAGCCUAUGAAACAAGACAGUCGAAGCAAAUCUGAAUCCGAUGCGAGUGUUCCCAUGGACCCAAAGAUUAAGCGCUCAAUAAAAGCUAGGAGUUAUGCUGAGGCAGACACAGAGAGCAGAGAGAGGGAGAGUGAGAUGAAGCUUGAAUUAGAAAUAGAUGAGGCGACAAUGGGAAGAACAAAGGUAUUUUCAUCAAGGUUGCCAGUUAAAAGCAGGAGUACUACAGGAGCUUCCCGUAGUGCUGUUAGUCCCACAAGUGAAAAUAAGGAACAGUUUUUUGACCUUUACAAAAACUCCAUAGAAUUCUUUGAAGAGAUUAGUGAUGAAGCUUCCAAGUUAGUGGAAAGACUUACACAGUCAGAAAGAGAACAAGAAUUAGUUUCAGAUGACGAAAGCAGUAGUGCCCUAGAAGUCUCAGUUAUUGAAAAUGUACCAUCCAUUGAGACCCAGCAGUCAGUUCCUGAAGACAUCUUUGACACCAGGCCCAUUUGGGAUGAGUCCAUUGAGACUCAGAUUGAGCGUAUUCCUGAUGAAAAUGUCCAUGACCAUGCUCAAGAUCAACAGGAUGACCAGGAAAGGACAGAGGAAAGACUGGCACACAUUGCUGAUCACCUUGGAUUCAGUUGGACAGAAUUAGCAAGAGAACUGGAUUUCACAGAAGAGCAAAUUCACCAGAUCCGAAUUGAGAAUCCUAAUUCACUGCAGGACCAGAGCCAUGCACUCCUGAAGUACUGGCUUGACAGAGAUGGGAAACAUGCUACAGAUACCAGUCUUACUCAGUGUCUAACAAAAAUCAACAGAAUGGAUAUUGUUCACCUGAUGGAAACCAGCAGCCUGGACACUCUGCAGAUCCAUGGUGCUCGAACCUAUGCAGAAAUUGAACAAACAAUAGGAUUAGAUCAUAGUGAAGGAUUUUCUGCACUGCAAGAAGAGCUGUACUGCUCCAGGCACAAGGAGGACAAAGAGCACUCCCUUUCUAAAGACAGUGAGCCAUCUGAUCACCCUCCCAUUGUCUCUGAGGAAGACGUUUCUGUCAGUUACUCUUCCUUUCACGAGGGCACCCCCAAGACUGAGGCAGACAUAUCCAUUUCAGAGCUCUUGAGACAAGCACAAAAGGAGCAUGUGCAAACUGAGUUCUCAGGGAAGCCUCAGGACUUGCCAGAAGAAACAUCUGCAACACAACAGGAGUAUUUUGUCACAACACCAGGAACAGAACAAUCAAUACCAACAAAGGCUGGAAAAGAAGAAGUCAUUGAAAAAUCUAAAGGCUCCACUGCACCAACUGAAGAACACAAGACUCCAUAUUUUCACACCCCAUCAUCUAGUGAGCGAGGUGACUCUCCCAUUGUACAAGAACCUGAGGACCUCCAGCUCCACCAAGAACAGUCUCCAAGGAGAACAAGUCUGGUUAUUGUCGAGUCAAGUGAUGAACAACCAGAAAAGUUUGAAAGAUACUAUGAAGAUGAAUCCUUAGAAAAGGAGCUAGCAGAGGAAUUAGGUGAGCUGGAGACCAGCUCAGAUGAGGAAGAGAUGGUAACUACCAGGGUCGUUCGUCGCCGAGUGAUUAUUCAGGCAGAUGAGAUACCUGAAAUGCCACCAGAAACCGUAACCGAGGAGCAGUACACAGAUGAGCAUGGCCAUAUUGUCAUGAAAAAGGUAACCAGAAGGAUCAUUAGGCGGUAUGUCUCUCCAGAUGGUACAGAAAAAGAAGAAGUCAUAAUGCAGGGAGUACCACAAGAACCUGUUACAGUAAAAGGAGGAGACGGGUAUUCCAAAGUUGUAAAGCGGGUUGUUCUGAAAAGCGACAGUGAGCAGUCUGAGGUGACCUUCUCUGAGCCCACUGUUUUGUCUGGUGCCUCAGAAUUUCAGGCUGAACCAGUGGAUGGCCGUAAGGUGAGCAAAGUUGUAAAGACCACCCUGGUACAAGGAGAGAGAAUGGAGAAACACCUGGGAGAUGCUAGUUUAGCCACUGAUCUUCCAUCAGCCAAAGAGGAUUUUGAAGAGGACAACAAUGAAUAAAGCCAGCACACAGAAGAGGACUGUGGUGAAGGACCAGUAUGGAAAACAUGUUCAUGUGGAACAGCUGGAGGAUGUACCAGAAGCACUACCGCAGGAUGACCUCCAGCAUGACCUGCAGCAACUUCUUAGACAUUUUUGCAAAGAGGACUGGAAGCAAGAGGCUAAACAAGAAGCCACCACAUCUCCACAAUAGAACACAUAUCCAUCCAUCUAGUGUGCAGCAUUCACAAUCUUCUAUAGAUGUAGACUCUGUAACUUACAUAAUCACUGGAAGACACUGACAUUUCUCCUUGGGCAUAUGCAGUGAAUUCAGUUUGUUUAUUUCUUUUUCUUUUCUUUUCCUUUUUUUUAAACCCGAAAGCUAAUUUGUGACCAAAGAUAGCAUCCUUCGUUCAGGAUGAUUUAUCCACUAAGCCGCCAUCUUUGUGCUGUACUGAGAACUUGUCAACUUUGCCACUUUUUGCUCUUCCUUUGCUUCUGCACUAGCUCCAUGAAAAUGCAUUUGUCAAGCCAACUUCAUCCACAGGCCUCUUCAAGUGACUAUGUACAUGCAUCAUAAGAAGGGAUAUUAAUAUGUAAACUGUACGUAGCUAAAGUGCUUGGACUUAUAAGACUGCAAAAAAAAGAAGAAAGAAAACUCACUGCCUACGACUAGAAAUAGCUUCGUGGAUUACAAGGUCUAUCAAAACUGAUGAACAGCGAUUAUUAAAAAUAUUGCUAACACAAUCGACUGAACACACAGACCCACUGGAGAGGAAGCACUGCAGAUCUACUGCAUCCAGAGGACUUCCAGUUUAGUGAUCUAUCAUAAUUAAAGGCUCUAAGAGUCAGAUUGUUACCCUUCAAAUGCAGCUGUUCCCAUGAAAUUACAGCUGACUGUUGCCAUCAAUACUUUUAAGACUCUUGGACAGCCACUUAAGGAUUUCCAGAAGAAAAAAAAAAUAGGUAAACAACUUGCUAGCAGCUAUAUCUAUGGCACAUUUGCAUAUGGUAUUAAAAUCUUUUAGAUCUGGACAUGUGGCAGGGUAUUUUAAACAGCUAUAACUACAGUAGUUUCCUGUUUUCAUCACUGCUUUAGCAAACCACAUUGUCUUAUUGGUGGUACUUCCUGCUGGCCACUGCACUGUAGAUAACUACGGGAGAAAGACUUUCCACUAUACAAAGAGAUUAAGUAAUUCACCAUGAUUUAUCAAGAUUGUCUCUUAUCUGAUACAUGCAUGUGGCAUUUGAAAACUCAAAACCAAACCCUCUUCUAAUCAUGUCAAUGACGUGUUAGCCCUCUUAGCACUGAGCGAGCAGUUUUUACCUUCAAAUUAAGUUGUUUGUUUGGUUGUUUUAAUUUUGCUCACUAGAGCAGAAUCCUUGCAAUUUUUGUUAAUAUUUUCUUUGUUUAUAUAUUUCUAAACAAACCCUCUGAAAAUCAAUAGCAUUUCUGCACUUUUAUUUUCAAAGAAGGGAAUAUAAAAGAUUGAAAUAUUUUGUGCCCUAUACCUUAUUCUACUAGUGGUUGGAGCUCUGUAGUAUUUUAACAUAUAAUAUAUAUAUACAUAUAAAGAUACAGUUUAGUUAUUUGAUAAAGGGAGAGUAUAUUCAAAAAGGAGAAGAAUGAUUUGAGGCCUCCAUGGGGUGAGUGAAAUUUUUCCAACCGUAUCAGGCAUUUUACUCUUCUGUGGGGAAAAAAAAGUGACUCACUCAGUGCUCAGAAAGUCAAAACAAAAAACCCACCACAAAACAAGGGCACUUCCUCAUUAAAGUAAUGAAGCCAAAAAAGCAAAAUAUCAUGGGAGGUUCGAUUUCCUGCAGGCAAAACAAGGCACUGUGCUAACUGUUUUUGGCAGUCAAACAGGAAACAAGCAUUUUUUGGCAGCCAAAAUGAAAGAGACCCAUGAUGAAACAUUUCAAGAUACACCAUGGCUUUCUUAGUGUCAAGGACAUCACCAGAUGACCUUCAAGAACGAGGGCGCUAAAGAAAUGCAUUUCUGUUGUGUUACUUGCGGUGCAGAUGAUGUUCUGUGUAACAACAUAAUGGUUAUUCACCUUUUUAAUUUUGAAUUUUUGCUGUGUUAUCAAAGAACUUGAAUACUGUGAGAAGAAGUGAAUUUUAAGUUGAUGAAUCAGCAUCUUGUUCCCAUGGUGAUAACACUGAAUAUAUCUAUGAGGGCAUGUAUUAGUUAAAGAUUUAAAAAAAUACAAACACUAACAAUACAUAGCUGCAAUGUGUACAAUGGCUGAUUUAAUUAAAUAAAAUGUACAAGUGUUAAAUGUA